GACUGUGUAUUCGACAGAAGCGUAUUAGUUCUAGAGCCACUUCUGAUCCAGAUGGCUCAGCUGUGCUUUGGUUCCUCUCUCUGUAAAAUAAGGUACAAUAGUAAUGUCCCUUAGGCUCUCAGGAGGCAGAUGAGCAAAACACAUGAUCCUGGGGAACCCUUGGCACAAGGGUGCCUGUUCCUCUUCCUCCUGGUUGGAUGUUCCUCCUCCUCCUGGUUGGAUGUUCCUCUUCCUCCUGGUUGGAUGUUCCUCUUCCUCCUGGUUGGACAUUCUUCUUCCUUUUCCUCCUGGUUAGAUGUUCCUCUUCCUCCUGGUUGAUGUUCUUCUUCCUUCUGGUGCAUUUACUAGGUUUGCUCUGAUCUAAUCUGCCCUGUGUUCCCACCACAUGACAGAUAACCUGUUGAAUGUGAAGCCAGCAGUGCUGUAUCCUGUUUUCUCACGAAACCCCACAAUACAGUGGCAUCCUUACUCCAUGUGCCCCCGCCCAGGGUCAUUCUUAUCCCAGACCUUACUCUUCCUGUGUAAACUUUACCCCAGGCUGUACCCUCUCAUUCCAUCAUUACCUCAGAUGCCCCUACUCUUAUUUAUUCAUUAUCCCAAGGCCCACUCUCCGUUGUAUCCUUAACCCAGACUCCAUUCUUCCACAUCAGCUUUAUUUCAGGUGUAUUUCAUGAUAACUUCAGUUCCUUCUCCUACUUCAUCAUUACCUCAGGCCCUACCCUUCCAUUUCAAUAGUAUCUGGAGGUCCUUCCUACUGUGGUGAAUGGAUUUUUUACCCUUGGAUUCUGGGCAAUGAUAAAACACCUAGAAAAGGUAACUCCCUAAGGUAGAAAGAUACUCACUCCAUCAGUAAGCAGGCAUGGAGGACCAUGAUAUGGGGAGGGGCAUAGCACUAAAUAUUGCUUUCUUUGGACUUUGAGUCAGUUGUUUUAAUGACUGGAGACUCUAGUCCUGUGGUCUUCAAUGAACUAGGAAACAUCUGGAUAGCAAGGAACUACUGACAAGGCAUUGUACCGAACAAAGGGUAGCUCCCAGGUCUGAGUCCUGCUUGAAUUGGUUCUCUGUGGUAUCAUCCUAAGAUACUCCAGAGCCUGAUGUGGACUGCUGACUGAUCAGCAGGGAGUAGAGCCACAGGCUGGUGACCAAGACAGCAGGUACUAAUUCUCUCCUUGUUCUGGAGGCCAGACUCUGAACGUGAGGUAUAGGCGGGAGGAAUGGUUCAUUCUGCAGGUUCUUAGGGUUCAUUCCAUGCAUCUUUACAGAAUGUGGUGGUAACUGGAGAUACUGGUGUUCUUUGGCUGUAGAUCUGUCAGUCUAGUCAGUUUGUCUGUCUUUGACUUGAUGUCAGUGUUCUGGGAUGUCUGUUAUUGGCCUUCCCUAAUUAGUGAGUGAUCUCAUCUCAAGGUCCAUAAUUAUGUCUAACAAAGACCUAUUUCCAAAUAAUAUGGUAUUCUGUGGAUUUAAGUGGACAUAGCCUUGCAGGGUGGGCAUAGAAGAAGGCAUUCAACCUAUUUCAGUGGUGUAGGCAACCUCCUUGCUGGGGAACAUCAGCACAUCCUAUAGCAGGCAGCAGCCUAUUUUCCUGAAAGAGGUCUUCAGUGUCCAUUGAGAAGAAGCAUAAGUAUUGUUAGUUAUUCCAGUAACCUGGUGUGUUGAUGAGGCAGACUGAAGAAGGUCUGUAUUGAUUUACUGUUCUUUUUUUUUUUUUUAGAUUUAAUUAUUUAUUUUAUGCAUAUAAGUACAUUGUAGCUGUCUUCAGACACACCAGAAGAGGGCAUUAGAUCCCAUUACAGAUGGUUGUAAGCCACCCUGUGGUUGCUGGGAAUUGAAAUCAGGACAAAGAACAGUCAGUGCUCUUAACCACUGAGUUAUCUCUCCAGCCCAGGUUUACUGUUUUGGUUUUUUGUUUGUUUGUUUGUUUUGUUUUACAUGAAUAUUAAAGCAAGUUUUUGUGAGCUGUGCGUACUUCUCUACACUGAGUAAUCUUAACACAGCUUCUCAUUGGGGUCCAAAAGCAAAUUAAUUCAGACCAGUAGCAGUACACUAGAAACUUUGCAGCUUAGAUCAUUGAGCAACCAUGUACUUUUGAGGAGUAUGCUAGUCUAAUUCGGUCUAAACUGCACUAAGCCAGUCUUAUAAUAGGGACUUGUCUAGGUGAACCCCUUCCUUUUCCAAAUGAGCUGUUUGGGCCACUGGACUAAUUCAGGGAAGUCCAGGGAGGUUUUACUAGGACACUCUUCCUAAAUGUCUCCUGCAGUAUUUGUGCAGUGGCCAAGCUCAAUGGUUAUUCUUAUAUUUGGUCCUCACCAGUCACUGUCUCCGUAGAUAUGUCAGUGGAGAAAUCCAAAACUCUAAUCCAUCCAAGCCCUUUGGUUAUUCUGCAUGUGCUUUUAGAAGAAGUUACUUUGCUGUGAGUGAGGUUUUAGGAAUAGUCAUCUGGUCAACCAUCAGGCACCUAAGCUUCUUACCAUCUUUACCAAAUCACACCUGACUCUUGGGUAAUGUUUGCCUCCCAGGGUAGAGUUUCUGUACUUCAAAAACAGCAGCCAUCAGAGGUCCAGACCUUCAUUGGGAAUAAAAAAGGUUAUUGCAGUUGAAGUAGGUGUAAGGAUGUGCAGAUGCCAGGGGUCUCUGAUCUGCCCUCAUGUUUCUCCUCUCGCUUACAGUUGGUUUUAAUCCCAGUCUGGUGUACCAAAAGGUCAGAGUGGAAGGCUUUCCUCUUCCCCUGCAACUUCUCAGAUGCCAGGGAGCUCAGAAUCUUCAUCAUGAGCUGCUCAUGUGGAUGGGUCUCUCUGAACACCCUGCCCACUCACUUUAUGAAGACCUGUGUCGUCAGCUCUGUGACGCUCUGUAGGAAGUUGCCCAUUUAUGGCUACUAGAGCAAAUGAUAUCAUCACAAUAGGUGGCUCCUGUCUAAAUAGGGAUCGUUUGUGAAAUGAGAUUACAGGCAUUUAUCUGAAAGAGCAGGAGACAGAGCACCUGCUCUCCGUAAUUGCUGUCCUGGGGGACAGCACUGCGCUCUAAUCAAGGCGUCCAUCUCCAUGGCUAAUUUUGUUACCAGCAGAGAGCUUGCGUUUUACGCUCAGUGCCAGGCAGCCCCCAUAUCCACAUGGAAUCCACUCCAGAUCCGUGUUUUCUAUUACGCUUGAAUAUAUGGGACAUGCAUAGGGAUCCUAUGCCUGCCACCGUGCUGCAGUGUGCCUGUUUUGCAGAGUACCUUGGCUGCCUAGUCCAAGCCGAGGCUGACUGGAGCCGUGACCACUUACUUGGUCACCCUGGCCGCCUCCUUCCUUUGCAGCGAGGUUGAAGUGCCCCUGCUUGCACAGCCUCCCAUCUGCUGAGGAGCUGCCUGCACUUCCCAUUCGGAUGCUGCAAAGCGUGCAGCAGGAGUCUCGCUUCGAGUCUCAGUGCACCCUUUGCGGAGAGCCAGAAGAGGAGGAAGGAGGAGACUUGGCCCAGCCGGGCCUCAGCUUCCCGGGCCCGGCAGAAGAGGACAUAGACCAGCAGUACUCAUGGUCCCCAACGCAGCACUUCAAUGAAGAGAGGUACUCACCCGCACCCAGGAACAUGAAAGGGUUAACUGGAAGCCGGAACCAGCCUCAGCUGUGUGUGGGUCACACCUGUGGCCUGUCGCCCGCUGACGAGUGUGAGCACCCCCAUGAUCACGUGCGUCAUGGGCCAGACGUGCGGCAACCUUAUCUUCUCAGCCCAGCCGAGAGCUGCCCAAUGGACCACCACCGCUGCUCACCCAGGAGCUCCGUCCACUCAGAGUGUAUGAUGAUGCCUGUGAUGUUGGGCGACCAUGUGUCCAGCAGCACCUUCCCCAGAAUGCACUACAGUUCACACUACGACACGAGGGAUGACUGUGCCACGUCCCACGCGAGUACCAAGGUAAACCGCAUUCCCGCCAACCUUUUAGACCAGUUUGAGAAACAGCUACCCCUGCACCGGGAUGGUUUCCACACACUGCAGUACCAGAGGGCCUCAGCUGCCACGGAACAGCGAAAUGAGAGUCCAGGCAGAAUCAGGCAUCUGGUCCACUCCGUCCAGAAACUCUUUACCAAGUCUCAUUCUUUGGAGGGAUCGUCCAAAAGCAACAUCAAUGGGACCAAGAGCGAGGGUCGGAUGGAUGACCACCACCAGAGUCACCUUUCCAAACACAGCAAACGGAGUAAGAGCAAGGAGCGGAAGCCAGAGAGCAAGCACAAGUCUGGUAUGAGCAGCUGGUGGAGUUCCGAUGACAACCUGGACAGUGACAGCACAUACCGGACACCCAGCGUGGCCCACCGCCACCACAUGGACCACAUCCCACACUGCUACCCUGAGGCACUGCAGAGCCCGUUUGGGGACCUCUCACUAAAGACUUCCAAAAGCAACAGUGAUGUUAAGUGUUCCGCCUGUGAAGGCUUGGCCCUCACGCCAGACACCAGGUACAUGAAGCGUAGCUCCUGGUCCACGCUCACGGUGAGCCAGGCUAAGGAGGCCUACCGCAAGAGCUCCCUGAACUUGGACAAGCCCCUGGUCCACCCAGAGAUCAAGCCUUCCUUGCAGCCAUGCCACUACCUCCAGGUGCCUCAGGAUGAUUGGGGUGCAUACCCUACAGGCGGCAAAGAGGAGGAGAUCCCCUGCCGUAGGAUGAGGAGCGGCAGCUACAUAAAAGCCAUGGGUGACGAGGAGAGUGGGGAAUCAGACUCCAGCCCCAAAACAUCCCCGACGGUGGCCCUCCGGCCGGAGCCGCUGCUGAAGUCCAUCAUACAAAGACCACUUGGAGACCACCAAACCCAGAGCUACCUGCAAGCUGCCACUGAGGUGCCUGUCGGUCACAGCCUGGACCCAUCAGUCAACUACAACUCUCCGAAGUUCCGGUCCAGAAACCAGAGCUACAUGCGGGCUGUGAGCACCCUGAGCCAAGCCAGCUGUGUGAGCCAGAUGAGUGAAGCGGAAGUUAAUGGGCAGUUCGAGUCAGUGUGUGAAUCUGUCUUCAGCGAAGUCGAAUCUCAGGCCAUGGAUGCCCUUGACCUUCCCGGGUGUUUCCGAACAAGGAGUCACAGCUACCUUCGAGCCAUCCAAGCUGGUUACUCCCAAGACGAUGAAUGUAUUCCCGUGAUGACACCGUCCAACAUGACGUCAACCAUCAGGUCAACAGCAGCUGUCUCCUACACAAAUUAUAAGAAGACGCCUCCCCCGGUGCCUCCACGGACCACCUCCAAGCCUCUGAUCUCUGUGACGGCCCAGAGCAGCACGGAAUCCACACAGGAUGCCUACCAGGACAGCCGUGCCCAGAGGAUGUCCCCAUGGCCCCAAGACAGCCGUGGCGGCCUCUACAACUCCAUGGACAGUCUAGACAGCAACAAGGCCAUGAAUUUGGCUCUGGAGUCAGCGGCAGCUCAGCGCCACGCGGCUGACACUCAGAGCAGCUCCACAAGGAGCAUUGACAAGGCGGUCCUGGUAUCCAAGGCUGAAGAGCUCCUCAAAAGCCGUUGCUCCUCCAUCGGGGUCCAGGAUUCUGAAUUCCCUGAUCAUCAACCCUACCCAAGGUCAGAUGUAGAGACAGCCACGGAUUCCGACACGGAGAGCAGAGGCCUACGGGAGUACCACUCUGUAGGCGUGCAAGUGGAAGACGAAAAACGGCACGGCCGUUUCAAGCGUUCCAACAGCGUCACAGCUGCUGUGCAGGCUGACUUAGAGUUGGAGGGCUUCCCUGGGCAUGUCAGCAUGGAGGACAAGGGCCUGCAGUUCGGAUCCUCCUUCCAGCGACAUUCAGAGCCCAGUACCCCGACCCAGUAUGGGGCACUGAGGACUGUGCGGACGCAGGGCCUCUUCAGUUACAGGGAGGACUAUAGGACACAGGUGGACACUUCUACUCUGCCGCCACCGGAUCCCUGGCUGGAGCCAUCCCUGGACACAGUGGAGACCGGGAGGAUGUCUCCGUGCCGGAGAGAUGGCUCGUGGUUUCUGAAAUUGCUGCACACAGAGACGAAGAGGAUGGAAGGCUGGUGCAAAGAGAUGGAGAGGGAAGCGGAAGAAAAUGACCUCUCCGAAGAAAUUCUAGGAAAGAUCAGGAGUGCUGUGGGAAGUGCCCAGCUGCUCAUGUCCCAGAAGUUCCAGCAGUUUUAUUGGCUUUGUCAGCAGAACAUGGACCCCAGCGCCAUGCCAAGACCGACAUCACAGGAUCUAGCUGGCUACUGGGAUAUGCUGCAGCUGUCUGUGGAAGAUGUCAGCAUGAAGUUCGAUGAACUGCACCAGCUGAAGCUCAAUGACUGGAAGAUAAUGGAGUCGCCCGAGAGAAAGGAAGAAAGGAAGAUCCCCCCUCCAAUACCAAAGAAGCCCCCCAAGGGGAAAUUCCCCAUCACAAGGGAAAAGUCCCUGGACCUGCCAGACAGACAGCGCCAGGAAGCCCGGCGCCGGCUCAUGGCAGCCAAGAGAGCUGCCUCGUUCCGCCAGAACUCUGCCACGGAGAGGGCAGACAGCAUCGAGAUCUACAUCCCCGAGGCCCAGACUCGGCUCUGAGGACCAGAGGUGGCCACACGCACCUGGUUUUGUUCUUUUUCACAAAAUGCUUGUACAGUUUAUUGCCUACCUGGUAGUUUCUGUCUCACCCUCCACCGGAUUCGCCCUUGCCGUGCUCUCUGCACUGUAGACAGUGGACGCUCCAAUUCCUAGUUUGCUGAGCUCCUGGCAAGACUGACUCUGAAGGACAUCGGCUCCGAGGAACAGGCCUGGUGAGCCCUGACGUACGUCCCUGUUCUCAGAGGGCCGCCAAGUGGCCUCUUGAAAUGGACCCUAGCUUUCACUUUGUUCUUUAUAUUUUUAUAAAUUGUGUGAUAACUAGAGGUCACUAUACACGGGUGCAUCUCCCCACUCUCGAGAGGCAUUAGACAUCCAAGUGGAAGGUGCUACAACUCGAAGGGCCAGAAAGACAGACAAAACCUGUUCCCUCUCACCUGAGUUACUCUCCCCAGCUGAGCUGCCCCAUGCCCUUGCUGUCCUCACCGGUCUGUCGCCACAUCCUUGGUUGACAUUGUGAUGACAGGAAAGGGCUUCUCCAAGGUCCCCACAAGGUGGUUCUCUAAAAGGAAAUGUCAAGGCUACCCACCCCCAAGAAAAAGAUCUAGCAUAGAAUGUUUUUGUUAAAAGCUAAGGUGAGCAGUCCUCUAACAGAGGGACCCAUGGAAAGUUCUGGCAGGAGCCCAGAGAAUACAAAGAGGGGAAAGAAAAAAAAACUAAGAAAUAGUCAUGGUAAAUUUAUCCCUUGGUAACUUAAACCAUUACACAUAGCAUUUUCUUUAAACCUCACUGCAAGCUAACAUGAACUUUUUAUAUCUGUUACAUGCAUUCUCAAACUUGACUUCCCAGGGUACCUUUAAAGGAGUUUGCUUGUUUAAGAUGCCAGUUGUGAUGUUGUAAACCAUAUAAGAAAUAUGAAUGUGAGCGGUAAGUAUAUCCGUUAAAAAUGGUAAAGAAGAAAAGUUAGUUUAUGCUUGUAUUUUUCCAGAAUUCUUCUGUUCUAUGCAGUACUGCUGAAAUUAAGAAUAUAUCUGCCUGUGAUAGACAUGAAAAGGGAGAGAGAGAGAGAGAGAGAGAGAGAGAGAGAGAGAGAGAGAUCAUGCAUGGUGAUUUCCAGCUGUGGAAUUUAAGGAAGGUAAUCAGUAGUCAGACUCUGAGGAUGCAGAGAGGAAAGAGAUUGGCUCUGAUUAACGGGUUUUGUGUAAAUUAUGUUUACAGUUAAGAUCUCAUCCUAUGACUUCUGCAUGGGGAGUUCAGAUGCCACAAAGAGCGAUCAGAUUGCCCAUGGCCCUGAUCUCAGAGUUCUUUGUUCUUCACAUAUAGGCAGGGUCCCACCUCACCCCGGGUCUCCCCUCUAACUGCUUUAAGGAGCACCGGGUGCUCAGCCAUGGGCAGAAAGCUUUCAGACAGCCCUGUAGCACUUUGUGUUCUCCCUGUGACUCGCACUUUAAACUGUCCCCACUGCCCCCAUCUGCAGCCUGACUAGAGAGGCAACCUUGCAGCUGGGGCGUUACUAGGACUACACCGUCCUCUUCCUCGCCCUCUCCAUUCCAUUUCGCAUGGGGGGCAUGGUUGAUGUUACAGCAUGUCAAGCCUCAAAGUUUUACCUUUUAUUUUUAAAGCUGAGUAGUUAAGAGUUCCCUGUGAUAGCAAAACCCUAUAUAAAUUGAGCCUUGUGUCUGGUAUAUAUUUUACCAAACAGCCUUAAAAUAUAUUUGGAAGCAAAAAUCAUACGAAUGUAUAUCCUUUAAAAAAUGCAAAAAAUAAUAAUAAUUCCCAAAAUAUUCUUCUAUCACCAAACCCUAUUUCCCCAGAGUGUUCAAAGCAUUUUAUACCUAAAUAAAUAUGUAAAUCCUGAGUAGUAGACAAUAACGAUGCUUCCUCCUGGGCUCAUGCCACUGAGUUACAAACAAGUGUGCUAUAAGCACUGGUAUGUCGGACUUCCAGAGCAAUGUAUCCUAGAGGAGCUAUUUAGAUGUAACCAGAGGGAAACAGAACCGAUGAACAUCCCCAAGCUGAGGGAAAUACGAAAUGCAAAUAUCCCUGCCGCCCACACCCAUGAGGACAUCUGGUUGCCUUUCUUAGUUCCUCAUAUGUACACAACAUACACAGAAACAAAUUGCAACAUUAGACAAUCGUCAUUCCCUGUAAACCCCAAAUUCUAUGGUCCCAACUUGAACAAAGUAUCUACUAGUUUUUUGUUAGCUACAUUGUCUAUCUUUAGUUCGUAUCCAACCUCACCCAAAGCCUUGGCCUAAACUUCCCCUAGCUGAGCAAAUCUUCCUUCCCUGAGACGCAUUGGCGGCCCCUCUGUCAAAGUGAAAAGAAUGUGCCCCUGUCUGGUUCACUAGGUUCCAAAGAUUAUUAUUUAAUGGCCGAACGAACACCUGCUGCUAGUUCUAAUGGAGCAUUAGCCGUUCACAUCCCCUUGUAAGUGCAAUACCUUCAGGUCUCAUGCAUGUGACGCUCUGCUGUGGAACAAGAUAAGCCAUGUGUGUACUGCGGGCAAAGGCAAGCAGCAUUGGUUGUAUGUGCCCGCUGGUUCCCCAGGCUCCUUCAGUUCAGUCACUUUCCAGAGAUUCCUGGUGUGGAAUUCUCCUGUGGCCCUAUGAUCUUGUCCAAAACACGAUAGAAAUGAAAACUGGACACAAGGCCAAGCUAUAACACAGUGCACCCCAUGUUAUCUAUAAUAGCACACUGGUGUCCCUAGAGAUGCUCCCAUCCACCCACGGGAGAGACUUGAGGGGCGGCAGUUUGGAACCCCUUCCUCACCCGUUAUCAGACUGAUCUGGACUCUACUGUGCUGACGUACAAGAAACAGUGGGAAAGCAAGCACAGCUGGAGUGCGGGACCAGGGAGAAAGAUGUGGCUGAGGAACAAGAGGAUCAUUGGUGUACCGUCCCUCACAUCUCUAUUUGUUCCAGUUGUGAUCAUUGUGAAGACAACCGUCACCAGAGUUGGUCAUCCCCAGGUUUUUAUCACCAAUCCAGAAUGGUGUAGAGAGGAGCCAACUCGUUUUAUACCCAGAAAUCACCUUGCUGUUGAAAGGGAAAUGCCCACACCUUUUAACUUCAAACCACACUUGAAGGCUUCAACUAUGUAAUAGGAAGUAAAUCCUUAGGAAAAAAAAAAAGAUGCAAAUUAUAUCUAAAAGACUGCCUCAAAAUAUAUAUAGACACGAAACAGUAAGCUGCAAAGUAGAGAAAGUCAUCCAGACGGCCUUUAUGGAAAUGUACAACUUAUAAUUAGAAUAAUACAAACAAUACACAGUGCAGGGAUGGAUCCUGCUUCUCCGCGUGUCUGUCCCAGUUCACCCCAAGGUGAUUUCUGCCUUUUGUUAGCAUAACAAGCAAGCCCUGUUUUACCACCCUCGCUUAAACCUGCUGCUUCUGCCUGUUCACUAUACACCCCAACCUCAGGACCCCAGGAUGAGAUUUCUCUGGAAAUAUGGUGACAUUGUAGACACAUGGCCCAAGUGCCUGUAGCAAUCAUAGAGCUCCCUGCCUUAGAAACAGCUGUCUGGUUUGGGCCAAACAUUUUUUGGUUUUUGGUAUUUUGUUUUUUUAGGCAGAGUCUCACUGUGUAUAGCACAGGCUAGCCUCAGUUGUGCAAUUGCCCUGCCCCUUUCUUCUGGGUGCUGGGAUUAUAGACAUGCACCAUCACACUCAGCCUUGGUCCAAAACUUUUGGUAGUGGAGAUGGUGUGGAAGGAAAGAGUAGUUUGCGAUUGAUCAUGAGAUAACCAAGUGUGAGCCAGCCUUCCUGUGUUUCUGACACGCUGGAAGCCAGUCACCCUCCGAGGAGCACGAAGGUCCAGUUUCAGCGGCUUUCUUCCGUCUGAGUCAGUCAUCUUGCUCAGGGUUCUCUGACCACAGCUCCAGGACAGAACAUCUACCUGGACAGAAGCUGACAAGUAGCAUGUCAGAGAGACUCAGACGGUCAGGUCAGCAGGAUUGUCCCUGUUGAGGACAGGAACUCCCUCAGAGGUUGGAGAGGCAGCAUCAAUCCCCUGAGGGGCUGUAUCACGAAGGAAACUGGCUAUCUGGAGCAACCAUGAGUGAGAGAGAACACUUAAGCCCCACCAUGCCCAGCCCACGGGCUGCAGACUUGAAGCCCAGAGCACAAACAUACUUUCCUAAGUCACGUGCUUCAUGCACACCCAUGGACCAGCCAUUUUCUCCUCCAGACUUGGGUAUCUUUCAUGUUCUUACUGCAAAUUUAACAUAUUACUACCUUCAUGGUUACCCCUACAUUCGCUGGUUGUUCCGAGGAGUUCUUAGUCCCACCCACUUACUGUUUACACCUCUAAGUAGCUUUGGAUCAAACCUGGGCUUCUAAGCCAGGAAACAGGCUUAAGAGAUCAAAAACAUAAUGGCCUCCGGUUACCAAUUGCCUCAGCUACCUUGGCAAGUAGGAGACUUUGCACCACACUAUUCCCUGUCUCACCUGCCAUGAGUUGAAGACACCACAUCAGCUGAAGUCAUCCCUUUUUCCUUUGUGCUCAGUGUGCUUCCCAUAAGUGGCAAGGGGCAGCAAACUGGAGGCGGUGAACUUCCCGGUCAGGCUAGGUACUUCUACACAGUGGCAGCCAGAAGUUGAAGAUAUGAAGGAGAAGGCACUGGGAGCCCUGAGGCUCAACCAAGCUCCUGGGGCUGAUGCAUGCAAAUGCUAGGAACCUGUCAUGAGUCUGGUUUCUGUUUUCUCUUCCAUGAUGUGGCAUUAGUGUUACUAUCCCUACCUCCCUCGAAGGCAGGUGCAUUGUAGGGGUUGGUGACAUACCCCCCUCCGGCAUCGUUGAGCUUAGAGGUUUAUGAUGAAUGUGUAUUGUCAUUUGAGAUUUGUGCCUGGGCUCUCCUCUGUGUGCUGUAGCCCCCCACUCUAUGCAGGAAGCUAGCAGAGCUAGGACAGGGCACAAGAAGGAGGGACCUCCUCCUCCUCUUCUUACUUUGGGGUCCUGUUCUGCCAAGGUAGGAGGUUAAAACAAGAAUACAGAGGGGCUCAGAAACGGAACGUAAUAGCCAGGAACUUCUUUUCCUGUGGGCUGUGACUUCAGUUUCUAUACUCUUCCAUGAACAAGAAUCAACAACACCAACCGGAGGUGGGCGAUGUUUUUGCCAGCUCAGCCCCUCCUAGAUGAACUGGACAGAUGUUAUCCUAUGGUAAAGUGAUCCGAGAACAAUUCUGGCCUGGAAAGAGAGGGUCGUGCCUGUGAAGAGAACGGAUGGACUCAGGCCUUCAGCACCGUCGCCGCAGAGGUGCGGACUCUCUUCCAGACCCCUGCUCUGCGGGCAUUGCUCUACUCACUGCAGAGAUGGGCACACUGACGCUCUGAGAAGCAACCUUUCCGUUCUCGCCAUGCUGAAGAACACCACCAUGUUAUGAGUUGCUGUCCAAACCCUGGCAUUUUGAUCCACUGUUAAAAAAAAAACAAAAUGACCUUGUUUCCCUCUCAAGAUCUGACAGAUGACUCCUUUUCAGAGGACAUAUUAGUUAUCUACAAAACUACUACUUUUUAAAAGAUUUUGUAUACACACAAACCAAGGUAACAGCGGUUUACCUCCCGAUUUUCUUAGAUUUUAGGAGACUCUUAAUCAUUGGUGCUUAUUCUGAAUCUGAAAGACUUCCCGUGUGCAGGGCCAGAGAGAUGGCCCUAAAGAGAGGGGUGGCAGGAUUCCUGUAAGUGGUUAUCCUCUGAGCAGUGGUCUCCAUGGGGGGCGGGACUUGGAUGCACAUCUACAAGUUCAAGGACGGAAGCCAAGGUGGACUGUGGGACCUUAGGAAGCCACUUGUCCAUGACCCUACCUAGUUCUUCACCCAACUCCAGCCAUCUCAGACACUUAGUCACCUUCAAAGGGCUCCACAAGAAUUGUUACCCUCCCUCCAUUUUCAGUUGGUUUGCUGCAUUCAGGAAGGUGUCCCCUAAUGAGCAGCGAGAACUGGGCUGCUUAUUUCCCAACGAUAGUCACUUACCUCUGGCCAAGUACCCUUCUGUAAAGACACAACCCUCUACCCGCCCUCCAUACUGUGUGCCAAAACCCAGGCGUGGCCUAAAGACUGAGUUUAAUGCCUCCUAUAGGGACACAAGGAAUGCUAGAGCAGGAGACUAGCAAUUUAGUUAAAGGUUAAAAGUAUAUAAAUAUAUAUAAAUAAAUAUACAUAUAAAAUAAUACCCACGACAAGGAUCGACAGAGUGCCAAAUAUUCAAACUGUACAGAGUUACACUCACCAGAACUAAACUAUUUUAUGUAAGUCUCUUACUCACGCCUUUUCGGGUUCUUUUGAUAAAUCCUACUUCCCAGCAUGCAGUACUCUAUCUGAUGUAUCUCCCAUUGCCAACACGGUUUCUUCCUUUCCAUUAAUGAUUAGUCAGAACGUCGGUCAUUAUUUUAAGUCAUUCUUUUCAAAGAUUGCUUUUUUAAGUUUUCUUUCCUCUGUGAGUUUGUUUUUUUUUUUAAUUUUAUUUUUACUCUUAGGUGACUAUGGAAACAUCAUUGCCCAGAAUCUUCUAUGAUAACACCUCUUUGAUUUGAUGUCUGUAUUGCCAAUAUCCACCUCCUGUAAAUAGUUCUGCAAUUAAAUUUUUGGAGAAAAGUGA